UUUAAAGUGGCUCGGUGGCGGAAUGGUUUAGUCCUUUCGUGUAAUCAUGUUCCUUUGUGGAACUUAGGUUAAAACAAAAGUACUUCAAUCUGACUCUGUUGCUGGCUCUGUCACCUAGUUUGUACAAUUUGUCUGUCUGCACAUUAAGCUGACAUUCUUUCAUCGCUGUUCUGCGCCUAGUAACUUUAGGAGCUCCAGGGCGUCUUUUCACUUGCGGAUUCCAUCCAAGGACGUUGUAACAAACUUGUGUUUUUGUACCAGAAAUGACAUUCUCUCUCGCAGGUUUAGUACUUCAGUACCUCAUAGGUUCGAAGCUUGGCACGUGAAAUUAAUGCAUGUCCUUUUUCGAAUUAUAAGUACUGGAAAUGAGGCUCACAGCCUUCGUUUGUAGGAUGCAGGCAAAAAUGUUAUCAAAAAGUGGUUUGGAUCCCACUAUAAACUGUAAGUCUGGGUUUGAGCUUGAGGUCUUGCGGACCCUAUCAUUAGCUUAUCAUUAGCCUAUCAUUGCGUUAAACUUGCGUUAAACUAUCAUUAGCUUUGGAACGAGCAGCUAUGGAUCUUAUGCUCUCAAUAGCAAAAGUUUAUUUUUUAUUUUUAUACAUUAAACCAGAAUUUUUUUGACUUUUUUACAUGAUUUCUUGAUGUCUGUGAAAUAUAUGUUGGAUUAUUUAACUGUAUUUGUUUCAAUGUUUACAAAAAAUUUUUUUAAUAAAUUGAAAUCAAGUUCAAAUAAAAUUUAUUUUUAAUUUGGUUUUACUAUUUUAUUACAAUACUUAAACUUAACAUUGCAAUUAGUAAAGUAUAAAAAUUGUGAUAAAGCAUAUGAAAUCUUAAAACUAAUUUGAGAGAGUGUAAAAUAAGAAAAAUCUUUAUUGUCAAUAUUUUAAGAUAAAUAAAACCCGGCGGACUUCGCGAAUGAACUUUUAGUAAUAAUUUAAAAACAAAGGGGUCGAAUAAAAAAACUUAAAAAUGGGAAAGUAUGGAAAAUAUUUCUGCAUGAGUGUCUCACACGUUCUAAUCACAAUUGGAACUUUUAUGGUCUUGCUAAAUUUGAUCGCAAUUGGUUUGAAUAUUUCUUGUUUUUACGCUUUGAUUGAUAAAUUGCAAAUAUCAGAUGUCGAAACACAGCCAGAUUUUUUGGUUGGAUAUGUCGCAAUAUCAACAUUUACAUUCUAUAUUAUGAGUGCAUUCUUCCAUUCUUUUUUGUGCUGUAAAGCAUGUUAUCAAAACACAAAAAAGUUCUUCAUAUUUUACUUAAUACUUGUGUCCAUUAAUACUAUCUGUGCCUUAAUUGAUGGAAUCGUUAAACUCGAAACAUUUUUAUUGGUUGCAAUGUUUUUCUUCUUAUUUUUCACAUUAAACAUUUUGUGCAUUAUCGCUGCUAUAAUGGCGAGACAUGAAUUGUUGUUGCAACAGCAACAAACUUUAAAUCUGUUCAAUACAGGACACGGAAAUGAAGCUUUUACAAGCGGUCAUAAAGAUCUACCGAAAUUUUCAAUGACAGUUAAUGUUGAAAAAGUUGAAUCUCAAAAUGGACCAGAAGCUGAGCCUUUAAAUAAAAUUUAAACCAUUUUGUUUACUUU